AUGUGGUGUGCGGUGGGUGCGUGUCCGCGCAGCCGGCACCGUGUGCGGUGCAGGGCCAUUGCGGCAGUGCGUGUGGCGCUGCUCGUUGUGUUGGCGCUGGUUGCGGCGGCGGCGUGGAUGCCCGCAGUGCAUGCGGUGGUGUUGCGACUGCGGGGCGGCACGGUGGACAGAGCCAUCACGGUUGGCCACGCCGUGGACACGGUGCUGAUGGACGGCGUGUACAUCACGAACGGCGUGGCUGUUGUGUUCGACGUUGCGGCGAUGCUUCCCGGCGCGCUGCGCAUCGAAAUGAGGAACUGCGUGUGCGACGGCGGUGCGCAGAUAUACGUGUGGGGCUACAGCGGCGAGCCGGCGAGUGACCGGAGCCUGGAGGUGAGCGUGAGUGGGCUGUCCGGGAGCUACUGCUCGCUCGUGUUUGUGCACAACCUGCCGGCACACACGAACGUGACGGUCUGUGACUCGACGAUUGUGACGCCGGGACCGAUGCACUACUCCCAGCUGAGCGGGCUGACGGACGCGGUGGCGUCGCCGCUUGUGCUGCACGCGACGUCGCUGUUGCAGACGCAGCUGCGUGUGAGCAACACUGUGCUGAGGUCGUUGCACCCGGGCGGGUCGGCGGUGCACGUUGGCGGCGGUGUGGACCUGCUGUCGAGCGCGGUGGUGUUUGACGGCGUGUUGCUGGAGGCGUCGGGCGGUCCGACCGCAUCCGCGAUGCGUGUGUCAUCCUCGUCGCGUCUCAGUCUGCGGAGCCACUCGGUGUUCUCCGUGACGAACGUGUCGGUCGUGAGCAGCGGCGGAGGCAUUGUGCUUGGAGAGCGCCUUGCGGUGUCCGACUCAGUGCUGCGCUUCGUGGGCGUCGAGGGGUCUGUCGCGUCGUCGUUGGUGCGCUGCGACGGUGGAACGUUCGGUGCCGGCGGGUGGCUGGAGCUGCACGACGUGUGGGCGGUGGGCGAGGCGUCGUCGGUGGCGUCGCUGUCGGGGGUGACGCUGAGCGGCGGCACCGUUUCGAUUGCGCGCUGCGCUGCCACUGGCGUGACGCUUGUCUUCGGGCUGGCAGUCACGAGCGGCGUCGUGUGGGUGCAGUGCAACCGUGCCGGCGGCCGAGUGCUGCAGAGCAGCGGCGACUACCGCAUGGCCGGCCUGCCCUCCGUGAGCGUGGUGCCGUGCGACGGCUGUGCGGCCGCGCUGGCGUGCUUUGAUGCACUGACCGCGUCGUUCUCCGACUGCGUGUGCGGCUGCCGUGCCGGCGGCGUGGGCGAGGCGUGCCUGCCGUUCGACGUGCCGCCUGCGAGGGCCGGCGGCGGUGGUGGCGGUGUGGAGGGCUGCGUGAGUGGCGUGACGCUGACGGAGUCGGUGACGGUUGGCGGUGGGCGGGCGACGGCGUGCUUCGACUCGGUGGUGUUCAGCGGGCCGAUCACUGUGGCGGUGGACCUGCGCUUGAUGGACGCGUUCGCUGACGCACUGAACGUGACGCUGCGCCACUGCGUGCUUGCGGGCGGUGUGCAUUUGCGGAUUGGCGGCCUCAGCGAGAGCACGGCGCGCCUGAUGCCCCACGUUCUCGUCAACAUGACGAACGUGACGUCGGUGGAGGGCACGAUCGUGCUGCAUGGCGCGAUGCCGCCGAACUCGAGUGUGCUGCUGGCGAACUCAACACUGCGCGCGACGGUUGGCGGGUCGCAGUACGUGCCGGUGACCCGUGGCCAUGCGGGAUCUCGGUACGGCACCGCGCUUGUCCUGGACGGCGUCCGGCUUCUGUCGACGCGGUUUGUCAUGACGCGGUCGACGCUGGCGUGUGGCGGGGGUUCGUGCGCUGCGAUCCUCGUGGAGCGCGGCCUUGGCGUGAACCUGUCCAGCGUCUUUUACAUGGACAACUGCGCUGUCAGGUCGCGGACGCAUGUGAUGUACGCUCUUGCGUCGGACCUGCGUGUCAGCGGCGGCUCCGUGUUCUCCAUACAGAACAGCUUGUGGAGUGCGCCGAGUAGUAAAUUCCACGAAGGCGCGUGUGUGUUUGGGGACGUUGCGGUGGAUGGCGGCAGCGUGCUGCAGAUUGUGUCCAGCACUUUCCGUCUCGGCUUCGCCAUGCUCAUUGCAGAAACGCUGACUGUGACUGGCGGCAGCUGGCUGGUGCACCGCGACAACGAGUUCCACACGGCCCACGUUGUGUACGUGGCCAACUACUACGGCUUGGCGUUCCGCGAUCAGAGUGUGUGGUCGAUACUUUACAACAACUUCGCAUACGGCUCGUACUCGUCAACAACUGUAAGUAUGACAAGCGUUUGGUUACCACCAUCCGACUCUCGCCCAAUCAUCUACGGCGUGUGCAACGAGGCAAGGGGCUCUCCUGUGACGGAUUACCAAGAAGAGCUUAAUAUUGGGAUGCCCGUGACGGUGUUGGACUGUGGCGUUUGCACCAUGGACGCCGUGUGCUUCGCAGCGAGGACGAGCAGCAUCAGCGGCUGUGAGUGCGUAUGCGCUGCUGGCGGCUACGGCGGCACUUGUCUGCCAGCUGCGGUUCCGGACGGCCUUGGGCCGCUCCCGCUCCCCGACACGAAGGACACGGAGGCCCGCUGCGUGCACGGUGGCAGCGUCAGCUCUGUGGACAGUCCUGAUCCCGGUGUGCGUGGUCUGUGCUUCGUUAACGUGACCUUCACCGCCGCGAUUAUGCUUGACCUGUCGCAUUUUGACGCACCACAAGAGACACUCAACAUCACGCUGCUGCAGUGCGUCCUCAUGGGCCUGUCGGUCAAGGGGAGUGGAGCGCGCGUGCACGUUAACGUGACAUCCUCGAUAUUGGAUUCUGGUGAGCUGGCGUUUGAGGGUGAUUUCGGCGCGAGCUCCCAGAUACUGGUGGCGGGCAGUACGCUUGUGACGAAGUCUCGCCACGCCACUGCUUUUUGGGACUUUACUCUUGGUGCGAACUCGACGCUGCUGUUACUUGACAACUACAUCGAGGCGAAUAUUUACGCAAUUUCUUUUUCCGAUAGUGUUGUUGAUGGUGGCGGGGUCAUUGUGAAGGGAAAUACGCUGAGGGCAACGGAGAACGAUGACGAUGUGGAUUCAGCUGUUUAUAUUGAAACCUUUGAUGUGGGGAACGGCGGCUACCUUGACGUCGAGAACAAUACUAUGAGCGGUGCCAAUGGGAUUUACCUUUUUGGGGGUACUACCGUAAACUCCGCAGGGCUGUUGCGAGUGGCGGACUGCUCUUUUGCUGGCAGCACGUUUCCUUUUGAUUCCACGCUGAUUUAUUUGGAUAGCUCAGUGACUCUCGAGGGAGGUGCGCAGUGGCGUGUGGAGGGCAACGAAGUGAGUGCAGCCUCGGUAUUAAUUAUGCCAAAAUCAACGUACAUAAUUCGGGUGUCGGGCAGCGGCACCACCGUGGCGCUUGCACACAACCGUCAGGUGGACAAUAGUUAUCCCUUUGCUGAUAUUGCUUUGUCGAAAACGGUUGUGGAGUCACCCGCGCGGUUUGUGGUGGGGUGCAACCUGCGGGGCGAUGAGGGGGUGUCGUACGACGGCGUGUUUCCGGAGGACGUGGUGGUGUUCAGGUGCGGCACAUGCAACGACGACGCGGCGUGCUACAUGCCCGGGACGGAGUCGGUGGACCGCAGCUCGUGCUCGUGCAGCUGCAAGGACGGAUGGCAUGGCGCGUCGUGUCUUCCCUUCGAGGUGCCCGACACGGUUGUGCCGCCCUUGCCGGAGAGAGCCGUCGACGGCGACACGAGCUGCGUGGUGAACCAGACGCUGACGAACCUCACGCUGAACAUGUGGAAGACGCACCACUGCUACGCGGGCGUGACAUUCAGCGGCGUGGGUGCUGCACUGAAGUUCUCUCUCAACAGUAUGCCGCUGCAUCUCCCCAUCAACAUCACGCUCACCGGGUGCACAUUCCUUUACGGGGCUGUGCUACAGUUUGUUGGGGGUGUUGCGGCGGCCGAGUCAUCCGGCGUCUUGAUCCGCGUGAGCCAGACGGUGAUGCGGUCCUCCGUCGUUGCUUUUUCACUUACCCUCCCGCAGCACUGCGACAUUGCCGUCACGGAGGUUGACGCGUUGCAGUCCUCUGAAUUUGAAUUACCGGGCGUUGUGAGCAAAACCCUGAGCGUAUUGUUGCUGGACAACGUCGUGUUGAGUGCGUCCUUGCUUUUGGUGAGCAACGUCAAGGCUCAUUCCUUGAGGUACGGUGCGUUUGGUUUGCACUCGGUUGGGACGCUGACGCUGGUGCGUGGCAGCUCGCUGUACGUGCGGUACUGCAGCUUCGAUGGAUACGCACACCUGUUCUACGUGUAUAGGCUCAGUGUCCGCGACCACUCUGUUUUUGCGCUGCUCAACAAUACAAUGUUCUCCGGGACAAGCCUUCUGUAUCUGCGCCACGGAUUCAGCGUGUCAGAAUAUAGCGUGUUGCGCGUGGUGGGGAACAGUGGCUUCGUGUCGUGCGCUGUCUCUGCGCAUAUUCCGUGGGCAUUACAGAAUUCAAGCUGGCUGGAUUGGCGUGACAACGACGUGGGAGUGGGUGCGAUGUUGUGCUGUUUUUCUUCUGUCGCUGUGAGCAUCGACAGCAGCAGUGUGGUGACGCUGAAGGGAUGCAAGAUGGGCUCGACGGGGUUGUCGGGGCCUUUGCUAUCGCAGGCUGACGCCGGCUACCGGUUCUUUGCUGGAUGUCUGACGGUCGCGGGACGUGUGUUGACGACGGCGGCUGAACUGGAGCCGAAUGGCAUCACCAAAGUGACGACGGUUACCGUGUGCGGGGAGUGUACGAAGGACGGCGACUGCUUUGCUCCGCUGACGACGGCGGUCAUUGACUGCAAGUGCCAGUGCGCUGCUGGAGGGCACGGCGAUGUGUGUGUACCGGCGCCUGUGCCUGCUGGCCCGCCGCCGCCGCCGCUGCCGCCAGUGCCACCCACGCCGCCACCGCUGCCGGUUGGUGAGUGCAUCAGCGACAUGGUGUACCCCGAGGUUGCGCAGGCUUUGGGCAGCGGGUUGUCGUGGCUGUGCUACCGCAACGUGACUUUCAGCGGGGGCGGCAUGAGCCUGACGGUGCUCAUUGAGGCGAUGACGGGCGACGUGGCGAACGUCAAGUUCGAUGGAUGCACUUGGAGGGACGGUGCCGUUCUGUUGCUGGCGGGAAAUGCGUACGCCGCUGUGGGGUCGCUGAACAUUGUCGUCGCCGGCAACACAUUCAGUGACGCGCUGCUCAGCCCGGAGGGUGGGUUUCCACCGCACACGAACAUCACGAUCAGCGGGAACCGCUUUGCGGUCACGAGGCUGAUCCCUCGGUCGGGUUUGGGACUUAGGAACCCGUCGUGUGUGGCGAUGAAUGGACUGGCGAUCAGCAACGACUCCGCGGUAGUGUUCAGUGGCAAUGUGUUUCAGAGCGUGGGGGCAUUAUCGAGCGCCAUCCAAGUUGUCAGAUCUGCGCUGAGGGUGUCGUGGCACUCCCUGUUUGCGUUGGUGGGCAACACGUUUCAUAUGGACGGCGGUGACGGUACGCUGAUAUAUCUUGAAGGGUCUAGCCAGUCAUUGUCGCUGAGCGUACUGAACAACUCUGCUGUGGUGAUCCGAGGCAACGUUGUGUCGAGGCCGGUGCAGUGCUUCCUGUACUUGCCUUGGGAAUUACGUGUGGAGUCUCGGUCAGCGGUUGUGUUUCAGGGCAACGACAUGCGGGGAAGUGUGGCUGCAUUUUCAUCAGGCUUUUAUUCCCAUAUUUACUACAACUCCUGGCUUCAGUUGAGCGGCAACCUCUGCCACGUAUCCCCAUCGGAUGCUUUUGCUGUCGUGAGGCCAGCGGUGAAUCUCCGCGACUCCACGGUGUCUGUGUCCGGCAACCGAUUCAUGUCCAGCACUGGCACGCCGACAUUGCUGCAGAUACCCAAAAGUUCCCGCGAUAUCACAAACGGAGCGAUUGUGGCCGCGUGCAACACUGUGAACGGCGAGGAGAGGGCGAACCACAGCAUUCCGUCCGCGUACAACGCCACCAUCCUGACCUGCAGCGACCCAUGCACCCUCGCGACAUCGUGCUUCCCCGCGUACACGACGACGGCCUCGAGUGAUGGCUGCGCCUGCACGUGUGCUGAGGGCGGCCAUGGCGAUGCGUGCCUGCCCGUUGCUGUUCCUGACCCACCGAGCACCGACGGCGCCGACUUGUGCGUGCGGGACGUGCGUGUGGAUGCGGAGUUGAAUGCCGGUCUCGGGACUUCGGUGGUGUGCUACGUUGGCGUGACCUUUGCGGCGGACGUCGUGGUGGACGUGGAGUCGAUGUCAGGGAGCGUGCGCAACGUGACGCUGACUAACUGCACUUUCGUGGGCAGAGCGAGCCUGUACGUUGUUGGCUGGCGAUCCGACCCGUCUGCUGGCGAGCGCGUCGAUGUGUUGAUCAGCGGGCUUGAAUCGCGCUCCGGCGGCGGCGUGUUGGUGGCGAACCAAUUUCCGCCGGGCUCGCGCGUCACUGUGGUGGACUCGGUGCUGAUUGCGGAGGCGCGUGUUGCGUACCGUAACGCCUACGACCUUGGCGACGCCUCCGCGUGCCUCGUGCUGCACAACGUAAAUCUGACUGGGAGUGUGCUGACCAUUGCGCGCACGCAUGUGGCGGUGGUGUUCCGCGACGCUGUUGGUGUGUUGGUGGUUGGCGGCGUGGCGCUGUCGUCGCGCGGUGCGCUGUACGUGGACGGGCUUUCGGUACAGACGGCGCUGGGGCUGUGCGUGUCGGUGGAGGGCGGUGUUGCGGCGAGUGGCGGCUCCGUCGUGGCGUUUGUUGACAGCGACUUCCUGCUGUGCAAACACGCAGUUUCUGUGCGUGGGGCUGUGCGCGUGUCGGGCUCCGUUGUGGCGCUUGUGCGGAGUGACUUUUUGUCGACGGGAGACUACGCGGUGGCGUUUGAUUCGACGGUGAGCCUUGCCGGCGGGUCGAUGCUGCUGGCGAAGGGCAACGUGCACGACGGCGUCUCGAGGGAGAUGCUCUACGCGGCUGGCGCCGUGACCGCUGCUGGGAGCACGCUGAGCUUUGUGCGCAACCGAGCGCUGCUGCCGCGGAUGCUGUCGGCGGGCCUGUUGCUUGCGGAUGGGGCGCAUGUGAGGGUGGCGUGCAACGACGCUGGUGGGCGAGUCCUGUCAACGGCGGAGGAGUACGCAGCGGCUGGUUUUGGCGACGCUGGGAGCAUCGAAUUUUUUGGAUGCGACACCUGCGACAGGGACACGCACUGCUACGAGCCCGGGACGGCGUUGGCGAACAUGAGGAACGGUGUGUGCGUGUGCGCGUGCGGCAGUGGCGGGUACGGCGAGGCGUGCGUGCCUGUGGGAGCUCCCGCACUGCCGCCUGCCGUGGGCACUGUGCUGAGUGUUUUUUUCCGCGAGGGUGUGACGGUGCAGUCGGUGUUCGUUGUGCCUGCCGGCGCGAGCGAGGUGACGCUGCGCCACGUUGUGCUGGACGGCGUGAGUCCGGUGCUCUAUGUGCCGUGGAUGGCGCGAGACGGCGUGCGGAUUGUUGUGCAGAACGUGUCACUGCUGAACGGCGCCGUGCUGUACGUGAUGGGCGGUGGAGCGUUGCGCGGUGCGGUGGCGGCGGGGAGCGACGAGAGCGGGCCGGUGGAGCUGUCCGUGUGCGAUGUGGAGGCGCUGAACGGUGCGCUUGUGCUGACCGGCACGUUUCCCGCGGGGUCCGUGCUGACGGUGACCGACUCCCUGCUGGUUGCCGCGAGGUCGACGCCGCUUCUGUAUCUUCCCGGCUCGCAGUCCUCGCCGUACGCACCGGUGCUUGUGCUGUCGGGCCUGCGGCUCGUGCGGUCCGUGCUGGUUGUGUCCGGCGUGGCUCUCGUGACCGUGAUGACUGGUGGGCGGACGGUGGUGGUGGACGGUGCCGUGCUGGAGCUUGUCGGUGGCGGUGUCGCGCUGGACGCGGCUGUGUUCGGUGGUGACGUUGCAUUGUACGCGAGUGCGCGUGUGGUUGCGUCGGGGGGCGCUGUGCUGCGCGUGUCGGGGAGCCAGGUGUACGCCGCGCAUGGAUUGGUGUUCGACAGCGGGGUGGAGGCCAACGCGUCCGCCGUCGUAGUGAACGACAACGCCGGUGCGCUGACCGAUGGCGCGCUGCUGGUGCUGCGGGGGUCGGCGUCGUUUGUGUCCGGAUCGUGGCUGUCGGUGCGCGGCAACAGCAUCAGCGGCAGGCUUCUGUCGGUGCCGUCGUACCCGCGCCGUGCGGAACUCGUGCAGAGCACGCUGGCGCUUCACGGGAACGCCGGCAGUGGGCCCGUCGUGAUGGACGGCACCGUUGCGCUUGGGGGCGCCGGCCGAAAGUUCGUCGUGGGAUGCCUGACGCUCAACGGGCAGGCGCUGCGGCCGAUGGACUACAGGUCCGCCGGCAUCAUCGGGGAAUUCCGCCCCGUGGCGUGUGGCGUGUGCGACGCCGACGUGCACUGCUUUGCUGCUGCGACGAGGGCGAUGUCGGGGUCGUGCGGCUGCCGCUGUGCUGAGGGCGGGUACGGGCGCGACUGCCUGCCGGUGUACCUGCCGCACGUGGACGGGUGCAACCGCACACCCGCCAAGCCACUGCUGAGCCACACGGAGACGCUGACGGAGACGCGCAGCCCGACACCAACGUGGACGCCGACGCCGACGCCGACGCACUACAGUCUGACGCAGUACAGUCCGAAGGAGACCCUGCAAAUUACGGAGACGGUGGCGCUGUCGCCCACGCGGACCCCGACGGCGUCGGUGAGCAGCACGCUGUGGUGGAGCGACGUGGCGUGCCCGACACUCGCCGUGACGACGACGGCGGCUGGUGGGAGCCUGACGCUGAACGACAUCCGCGGCGGUGGGAGCGCCGUCCCGACACUGCUGAUGGUGGCGCUGCCGCCGCCGUUUCGUUGGGCACGCGACCCGCAGCUCAGCACGCACCUGAGCUUUGUGCCUACAUCGACGGCGCAGCCGAGUGGGUUUGGCGGUCCGUGGGGAGCGAUGCUGCGCAACGCGACGUGGGUGCGCAACGCGACGAAUCCGUCCACCGUCCUGGAGCUGGCUGUGCCCGUGCACCGCGGUUACUUCAUUGCUGCCGACGAGACGCUAGUCAUUCGCUGCGAUGCUGUGGCUGUGUUUGGCGGCUGCAAGGGUGUGCUGCUUGGGUCCUUCACGAUCAGGUCGAACACACUGCCCGCCGCUGCCAGCGCCCUCUCUGCGAUCACCGGCGUUGUUGCGGGUGCGGCGGCUGUUGCCGUGGUGGUGACCGGCGGGCUGAGCUCCGUCCUGGAGAUGCAGGCACUCGGCGUGUUUGCGAGGAUGCCAUGUGCCUCGGCGCAGGAGCGUGCGAGCACCGUUGCGCUGCCGUACUUCCUGUCGGUGUUUGCUGCCCCUGACCCGCUGUGGAUGGUGGUGGGCAACGCGCUGCUCGCCGCUGUGUUCGGGUGCGUGCACUACGGUGUGACGGCGGCCUUCCAGCGGUGGCGCGGCGUUGACGCGGCGAGUGCGUGGGCGGCGAUGCGCUUCCCGAGCCUGACGUACGUCGUGGCGCACGCGAUGCACCUCGGCAUUUUCUUCGGCUCGGUGUCCGCACUGGCGAUGCCCGACGCCCGCGUGCAGCACCGCGUGAUUGGUGUCGUUGGCGUGCUGUACGGUGUGGCGUUUCCUGCUGGCGUGUGCUACUUUAUUGCUUGCCACGUGGGCGCGAGCUUCACGAAGUACUGGCAGUUUUUGAGGAAGCCGCUGCACGAGCGCCUGCUGUACCCCGUCGGGUAUUGGCACCCCGUAGCGCAGCAGCGGAUGUACGGCGGCAUGCUGACGAACAUGAGAGGCAGCCACGUGUACUGGUGCGUGUUCCAGCUGUUGGUGCUGUGCGUGGUGGGCCUGAUUGCGGCUGUGCACCCGCCCGUGGGAGGCUGCGACGUCCAGUACUUCUGCAUGGCGGCUGUGCUGCUUGCGGGCGCGGGCGUGGUUGCCUUCACGAACAUGAUGCGCUCGGCCUCCCUGACGGUGAUGCGCACGGCGAGCUUUGUGCUGCUUGCGGCGCUGUGCCUGGUGAGCGCGGCCAACCACCUUGCGCCGAGCGACGGCGGUGCGAGGGCGUACGUGGCUACCGUGCUUCUGCUGACCACUGUGCUGCUUGCGGUCACUGUGUACGGCGUCGUUGUGUGGUACGCGGAGGACCGCCACUGGCAGGAGCUGCGCGAGCCGCGGCGUGGUGGGCUGGAGGCGCUGCUGCGCGAUGACGAGGAGAGCGACGAGGUGACGCAGAAGCCCCACGAAUUGACGUCGUCGUUGUACGCCUUAGGCACCACCGUUGCGUCGUCGUACCGACCACCCGCACCGCCAUUGCAGCCUAUGGCCGGUGAAACCUGCUCAGACACUCUGAGCCUGUUCGACCGUGUAUCCAGCGCGAGCUGCAAAAUUGAAGACGCCCUUCUGUGA